CGGUGAUCAUGUGCGACGGCUUGCUGUAUCCAUGUCUGUUGUUCUCGGUGUCAAGACUAUUCUUCUUGUGCUAGAGGCAGUCCCAAAGACCAUAAUAGCAGCAACAAUCCCGGGAACAGCACAGAACGGGCAGGAAGAGAAACAGGAAAGCACUGAUAAAAGGGGGAAAAGACAAGCACCACACGAGCAAACUGCCGGGGUUUAUGCCCGAAGGUCAUUCUGGUGGCUCAACAGGAUCCUCUGGACCGGCUUUCGAAACAGCAAGCUCAAAGCUGAUGAUCUCUACGAGAUUGACGACGACAUCAAGACAGAGCGAUACAGCCAGGCGCUUGCGAGCGCUUGGGGGCGGGCCGACAAGAGCAAGAAGCGUGCGCUUCUCCGAAGCACGCUCAGCGUUCUAAAAUGGCCGCUGCUGAUUCCCGCACUCCCGCGCUUUGCACAAAUAUUCCUCAACCUCGCCCAGCCGCUCCUACUUUUGCGUCUGCUGCAGCACGUUUCAAGCCCGCCUUCCGCCGCCGGCACUGAGGCAGAAGCCCAAGAAAGACGCGUUGGCCAGGGCCUCAUCAUCGCCACGAUCCUGGUCUACUUUGGCCUCGCCGUGUUCAACGGCUACUAUGGCUCCAAGAUCAACCGCGCCGUCGUUUUGGUCCGCGGCUCGCUCAUUGACCUUAUCUACCGGCACAUGCUGGAGUUGGAUCUGACGACUUGCAAGACCACCGCCGCUUCGGGCCCCGCCGGGCUUGUCACAAUGGAUGUGGAGCGUGUUGAUCUGGCGGUCGAUAAGCUGCACGCGCUGUGGGCUGCCCCCAUAGAGGUCGGCCUUGGUAUUUUCCUCAUAGCGAGGCAGGUCGGGUGGGCAUGCAUAGGGACGGCUGUCGUGGCUGCCGGUUGCACACUAGCCACCACCAGGAUCAGCAGACUCUUGCCCACCCGUCAAAAGGCAUGGAACCAGUCUGUGCAGCGUAGGGUGGCGCUCACCUCGACGGCGCUGAACAACAUCAAGUCGAUCAAGAUGAUGGGCGGCUUUGAGCGCCACGUGGCUGACAGACUGCAGGCGGCAAGAGAAGCUGAGCUUGACGCCUCGGCCUCUUUCCGAAAGUGCAUGACCAUUGUGAAUACGCUUGUCAUGGUACCCCGACAACUCUCUGCGCCCCUGGUUCUGACCUUGUAUGCUCUAGGUGUCAACAACAACAACGGUACGUUGCUGACGGCGUCGCAAGCGUUCACGACGCUUGCUCUGAUCGAGAUAGUAGCAGUGCCUAUGGGAUUGUUGCUUCAGGCUCUCCCCAACAUAACAUCUUCACUUGCUUGUUUGGACCGCAUCCAGGCAUUUUUGCUGUCCAAGGCUCGAGUCGAUCACCGAGGGCAGUUGCAGACGACAGCAGACAUGGAUGAAAAGCCGAAGAAUGUGACGACAACGGCUAUAUCAACUAUUGAUGUGACGACUGGAGUCUCAACAACAGUUGAUAAAACUCCAAAUUUGAUGGCGUCAUUCAAGAACGCCAGCUUCUUUUAUGCCACUGGCGAAAAGGAUGCGAGCUUUUCGCUAAGCCAAAUCAGCAUGGUCUUGCCCCGGGGCAGCAUUACAAUCGUGGCAGGGCCUGUGGGAAGCGGCAAGAGUACCCUGUUGAAGGCCAUACUCGGCGAGCUUGAGCUGGUUGCAGGAGAAGUCGACGUAAAUCCGGGGCCAAUCGGCUUCUGCGACCAGAAUCCUUGGAUAAGCAAUGGUACAGUACGUCAGUGCAUCCAGGGUAACAGUGAGUACGACAGUGAGCUAUACGACGAUGUUGUGCGCACCUGCGCCUUGGACCAAGAUAUAAUGCGUUGGGGUGAAGAAGGUAGCGGUAGCGGUAACGGUAGCGACAUGAACGUGGGGAGUCGAGGAAUGGCCCUGAGCGAAGGCCAGAAGCAUCGACUAGCCCUUGCGAGGGCGCUGUAUUCACGCGCGCCGCUGUUGAUCCUGGAUAACACCUUCCAAGCGCUCGAUUCGCGAACCGAGGCGACCAUCAGAGACAGGCUUCUUGCUCCAACCUCCGGUUGGGCUGCUCGACACGGUACGACUGUCAUGCUUGCGACGACCUCUUGCGAUAAUGUCCUGCUGGGCCAGGCCGAUCAAGUUGUGGUUUUAGACCAGAAUGGCAAGAUGGUUCCAAGGGAAGCAAGCACUCUCCUAUUUAGUGAGGAGCAGUCACCUCCCAAGAACGAGCAGAUACAACAACAGCCAGUCGAGCAGGCUAGACCUAAACUCAACAAACCCGAUGCCCUCAACGACAAGAAAACCCCGCCAACACAGCCAGCAGCGAGCAAGGAAAGCUCCAAAACUGCCAGUACCUAUCGGUUCUUCUUUGGGCCAGUCGGCUUCUUUAGGCUGGCCGUUCUCGUCCUGGGAGUGAUAUCUCUGGCUGUCCUGACGCGUAUCCAACGCAUCUGGGUGCAGUGGUGGACCGAGGCCUCCUCCCGCGAUCGCUACCCUACCUUUGUCGGCGUUUACUUCACCUUUGCUGUAGGAGGCUGCACAAGCUUCGCUUUUGUCUUUUGGUGGCUCUUCAUGUCCGUCACACCAAUCACAGCAGGCGGACUGCAUCAACAACUGGUUUCUACCAUAUUCUCGGCACCCUUGUCUUACUUCUCAGGGAUAGACUCGGGCAUCAUUCUCAACCGCUUCAGCCAGGACAUGGCUGUUCUCAACGGCAUGCUGCCCAUAAGCAUCUUCCAGACCACAUCAACCGGUGCACUCAUCAUCGGCCAGCUCGCCCUUAUCAUGUACGGUGCGAACUAUAUGAGCAUUUCUUUGCCCUUCACCAUCUUGGCACUAUGGCUGCUUGCAAACUUUUACCUGCGUACCUCUCGCCAGCUGCGCGUCCUAGAGCUCGAGUUAAAGGCACCCAUAUACACGCUGUUGACCGAGACCAUGGAAGGCCUGUCAACCAUCCGCGCUUUUGGGUGGCAGUCUUGGUACCUCGGCCGCUGCCACGUCAGAGUUGACGGGUCCAAGAGAGCCAUCUAUCUUUUGUUCAUGAUCCAGCGCUGGCUUGGCUUCGUGCUCGACUGCACCGUCGCUGCGUUGGCCACCUUGAUGGUCAUCUUGGCCACACAGCUCCGCGAAAGCACCAAUUCUGCCUCUCUAGGCGUAGGACUCUCGAGUGUGAUUGGGUUCAGCGUCCUUGUCGCUCAGCUCGUGGCGACCUAUACCGAGGUUGAAAAUUCCCUCGGGGCCGUGGAUCGCAUCAGGGACUGCGUUGAGAUGGUGCCGUCCGAGGAAGACGAGUCGAGGCUUGUGCAGCCGCCUGCAGAAUGGCCAACGCGAGGCCAUCUAGAAUUUCGCAACGUAGCUGCCGGGUAUACCGGCAAAGAUGGCGUAACCACAAAGGUAAUCCAGGAUUUAACCUUUAGCGUUGAACCCGGUCAGAAGGUUUGGUUAUGUGGCAGAACUGGCAGCGGCAAGUCAACAAUUCUAAACCUUCUCCUCCGUCUCAUGGAUGCAAGCUCGGGAGAGAUCCUAGUCGACGGUGAAGACAUGGCGCGAAUCAGCCCCUCCGCCGUCAAGAAAGCAUUUGCAGUCAUCCCGCAGUCGCCAUUCUUCCUACCGGGCACGACGGUUCGUAUAAGCCUUGGUCUAUACGCUUCCAGCUCGGAGGGCGAUUUGGCUCAGAUACCAGACGAAGAAAUGAUCUCUGUCCUGAACGAGGUAGGCUUAUGGGACCACAUAAGGUCACAGGCUGGAGAACUAGGGUUGGGAUUAAACAUGGACAAGCUUCCGCUCUCUCAUGGCCAACGCCAACUGUUCGGUUUCGCCAUGACCAUGCUGAAAGUGAAGAGGCAGGGGAGUAAAAUCGUCCUGAUGGAUGAGCCAGCCAGUGGUUGUGACCAAGAGACAAUGAUGGAGAUGAGCGCGCUGAUCCGACGGGCCUUUGAAAGCUGCACGGUGCUUGCUGUCACCCACAGUUCGGACAUAAUUUCUGAGUAUGACAUGGUAGUCUCGCUUGACAAUUAG